CAGGCUGUCAUUCAUGGAGAUAGCCCUCGAUGCGCCACUCGAGCACGAACGGCCUUCCGGUGACGUUAUCGCAAUCUAGGACAUCUGCGCAGCUUGGACCACCGAGCAGUGCACCUUCGUCCCGCCCUUCAUCUCUACCCGACAUGCCGCCCGCAGAAUUCUCCCUCAGACUCCAGCACGGCAUCACCGGCGGGUUCGCGCCACCCACGCCGAACGCCAUCCACACCCUUACGCGCCCCCUGAACCAAACGACGCUUGCCGUCACGAGCGCGAUCCGCCCUGAGGGGACGCCGAGCCUGCAGGAUGCGGUGCCCAAGCAGCUCAAUGCCGAGGACGCGCACACGACGCAGCUCCUGGACGAGCUGCACGGGAUCCUGAAGUCGAUCCCGACCGAGCAGCCGCCGGGUAGCGAGGACAUCUACGGCCUGGACACGAGCAUCGCGUGGGGGAGCGACGAUCUGAUGUGGUGUAACGGUGGCCCGUCGGGCUGUGGGGGCGGGGAGUCUUUUGUGAAGCCUACUGAGGAGGAGAAGGCCAAGUUCAAGCGCGCGGUGGAGAUUGUGAAGGAGCUGGUGGACAAGCCACAGUAGUAAAGCGAAAUCGGAAGUUAGGAUGGAUCUGUGAUUGGUGGAUGUGAGCUCUGUAAUACUAUCUGGAUAACUUUCUCGACGACGAUGAGCGAAGACAAUGAAUGGCAGGCUGGGCGUGAG